UGGUUGGUAGCGUUUUGUUCCCACCGAAUAUGAUCUGGCCCUGGUGAUACCAUCGUCCCCUCCCCCAGCCUCCACCCCGUGGCUCCGAUUGCCGACUUCCGGACAUCCUGGAACUUAAAGUCGGCGAUCAGUACCUGCAUUAUACGCACGGAAGCAUUUGCCGACUCCCGGUCGGCCGAGUAAUUGAACUCGGUGAGCGGUUCCAGCGUUGGAUGCGCUCGUGCGGGUGUUCCCUUCCUCGCCUCCUCUUCUGCGAUGACACCCGUAUCUCCGGUCGCUGGCGCCGACAUCAACGCCGGCGUUGCCGCGCCCCACCCUGUCCGUCCGUACUUCCAUCCAUGCUUGCCGGUUGGCAUGGGAGCCGCUGACGAAGAUCUUGAUUCCUGGGAGAUUAGAUAUAUGUUCAAAGCUUAUUGUGGAAAGCGAACCCACCAGCGUCAACGGUCAUCUACGGCUGCCCAAGCUCUUGGUAUCUCCGGAGAGGGGGUUGGUAGGCUGGAUUUUCGCUCUGUUUGCGCCAUCGGGGCCGAUCGGACGGAGAGAGGGGUACCCCGAGCUUGCUUGGACAACAGUCCUCACAACCUCGAAAUAUGUUUCGAAUUUAUUAUAUUGUUUUAAAGAUUUCCUUUUCCCCUUGAAGAUUCCGAUUUCUAUGCCUUUCUUUAUGAUUCUCAAACAAACGGUUCUUAGUUUUUCUGAAUUUUUCGGUCGUCGAUCUGUAGGUGGAUGUUGUUAUAAUUGGAGAAUUUGUAUUUAACUUUUUUUUUCCUGUCAUAGUUUUAUUUUUCUUUAAUGGUGUCUCUAGUCACUCUGGAAUAAAUUCUCUCUUUUCCUGUUGAGUGAUAGGGGAUUUCGACGAGCUUAGAGAUGCUAGGGUAUUGUUUCUGUCCUCUUAUGUGGACAUAACUUUGUGUUUUAGUCUCUGUCGCUCUUAUAUAUAUAUAUAUAUGAGGAUGAUUUGAGGGUCUGGCAUUAGACUGGUUUAUUUCAUAAGUGAAGUUUCUUCUUUUAUGUUUGUGUCUGACAUUUUCUGGUAUGGAACGUGAACUGUUUAAUCUGAGUCGAUCAAAUGAUUAAUUUGUUGUAUGAAUAUUUUAAUUUUGCUUAUAUGGCCAUGUGGUAGGAAAUGUAAUGAAACCAACCAAAAUGGACUAUCAUAUAUGAAACCCAUGGUGUCUUUUGCAGGUAUAGUUUACAACCUAGUCAGGUUUUCAGCACAUUCCUCAAUAAUCUUGAUACGCUCCAUUGGUUGUUAAUUCAUCAUCAUACCCUUCAAGGGGAGCCUCUGUUGUUAGUAUACAUCAAAGAACUUGAGAAUGCUCGAGUCUCUCAGUGGAGCAGCCUUUACCUGCUGAGGCAACGGGAAUGGUUGCUUGCUCGAAGAUUUAAAGCGUAAAUGAGUUGAGGAAACCUUUAACCGAUGAGGAGACAUAUAGUACCUUUUUCAGUUCUCUUGACCAGAUGGAGACAGAGGAGCGUUCAAUGCCAUGCUGUCACCAUUCAUCCCUUCAUAUUGAGUUGUCAAUGCGGUGGUAAACAUUCAUCCCUUUAUAUUCAGUUGUCAGUGAGGCGGUGUCAUUCAUCUAUUCAAUUUGGUUUCCAUCCUUAUCAACUUCUGCAAUGGAGAAAUCCUUUUCUCUUCUUCCCUUCUACCUCCUUUAUCUUCUCUGCUGCAUCUCUUCGUUCCAUAUUAAGUUGGUUAGUGCCUUUGGAAAUGUUGAUGGAUCGGAGCAGUGGGGCUAUGUUCAAGUCCGCCCGAAAGCCCACAUGUUCUGGUGGCUUUACCGGAGUCCACAAAGAGUUGACAAUGCUUCAACUCCAUGGCCUACAGUACUCUGGCUGCAGGGUGGACCUGGAGGGUCAGGUGUUGGGAUUGGGAACUUCCAAGAGAUCGGGCUGUUGGAUACCAGUCUAAAGCCACGAAAUUCGACAUGGCUGCAAAAAGAAGAUCUCCUUUUUGUGGACAACCCAGUUGGGACUGGAUACAGUUUUGUAGAGGAUGAAAAGCUUCUGGUGAAGACUGAUUGGGAGGCAGCCACUGACUUAACUACCCUUCUCAAGAAGCUCUACAAUGAGAAUGAGAGCUUACAAAGAAGCCCGCUCUUCAUUGUGGCUGAGUCUUAUGGAGGAAAAUUUGCUGUGACUCUUGGUUUAUCGGUUGUCAAAGCCAUUAAGGCUGGAACAUUGAAACUUAAACUUGGAGGCGUUGUUUUGGGAGAUAGCUGGAUUUCACCAGAAGAUUUCAUCUUCUCAUGGGGACCUCUGCUUUUGGAUGUCUCGAGGCUCGGUAUCAAUGAUGCAAACAGAUCAAACAGUGUGGCUGAAGGGAUUGGACGACAAUUAGCGAAAGGGCAGUAUUAUGAGGCUACAAUAACAUGCCAAGAUCUGCAGAAUCAGAUUCUCAGGGAUAGUCAUGGUGUCGAUUUUUAUAAUUUCUUGCGGGAUGCUGGAAGUUACCCUAUCUCUGGGAUGGCAGUGGCAUUAUCAGACAAAAUAGACAUGAAGAAGGGUUACUCGAUGUAUCUCAGCUCCAAUGCUUCCUCUGUUGAUCUUGCUAGUCUCAUGAAUGGUGUAAUUAAGGAGAAGAUAAAGAUUAUCCCCAAGAAUGUAAGUUGGGGUGGGCAGUCCGAUUCAGUCUUUAAUGCUUUGAUGAAUGAGUACAUGAAACCCAGGAUCAAUGAGGUUGAUCAGCUUCUAUCCCUGGGAGUCAAUGUCACUAUCUAUAAUGGACAACUAUGUAUUCCAUUUCUUGAUCUGAUUUGUGCAACCAAGGGCACUCUAGCAUGGGUUCAGAAGCUCAAAUGGGAGGGGCUAGAAUACUUCACCACUUCUGGUCGAUAUGCUUUGUACUGUGAUAAUAAUGAAGAUACCAAGGCCUACAUCGAAUCUUAUCAGAACUUACGUUUCUACUGGAUCUUGGGAGCAGGACAUUUUGUACCGUUGGACCAGCCUUGCAUGGCAUUGAAGAUGCUAGGUGAUAUUACUCAAUCUCCUGCGGCUUCUUCCUCCUAUAUGAAAGACAUAAACGAAGAAACCCGUUGUUAAAAUAGUAAUAGUGGCUUGCAUAAAACUGGCUCCUGCCCCGUAGCAAUUCCACAUGUUAGGAUUGAAAAGCAAAGGCCGGAGUUAGAGUGGAAAUACUUCGGCUAUGGAGGAGUCUCUGUUUGUAUAUUGCUAGAUAAGUAUCAAAAAUAAAAUAGAAUACGAUAAACUUUUGGUGCUCUAAUGUUGCGUCCAUUGUAAUGCUGAUUUCUUGUCAUCGGUCGCAUAGUCUGAAAUUACUUGGUUGGAAUUUUUUUUCCUUUUCUUUUAGCCUCUUAUUGUUUUGUUAGUACUUUUAGUUUGGUGGAGCAUAUCAAUAAUUCAUAGAUC